AUGUCGGAUAAACUCAUCCUUAACAGUCUGAAAGAUGCAAGCUGUGUUGUCGCCAGUUUCAAUGUUGAAAGCAUAUUAUUUUUGGUCAAAACUGAGAGUAUCGAGCGAUUUGAAAUAUCGAAAGGAUAUAAUUUGAACUUUUUGAAUAAUGUAAGAACCCUGGGGUACACCGUGGCAGCAGCUCUGUACAUAGAACCCUUAUCAACAAAAGAAUAUUUUAUUUUGUUGAAAGACAAUGGGUGUUUGGAGAUUUUAAACUCAGAGACAUCUGUUGUAGACAGACUAGAGACAGGUUUCAAAAUUGAUAGGCUGCACAAUGUGCUGUUUCGCUUUGACGAAAAAUACAAAAGAUUAUACAUCAAUCUGACUAGGAACGCCCUAUUUUCAGUUCAGUUUCAAACCAGCAAAUCAUACUUUAAGUUCUCAACGGCUUCUCAGAAUCCAAUAUGUGUGCGACAAUUUUCGUAUGAUAUAAUAAGUCUGGAUUUAUGCUCUAACUUUGAUGUCUACACUAACGAGGAAAUGGAAACUCUAUCAAUUGUACUCAAAGAACCUGAUAAGCAGCAAUAUUUUUUUAGCUUACUUUCUUACAAGAGGGAGUACGGAAAGAGAAAGGUACAAUGGGAGGCUUUGGUUCCAUUAAUAGAGCUAGAGAGUAUUUCUAACAUAAAUAUGCAUGAAAAUAGCAUAGCUUCAAAACUUAUACCCAAUAUUGGAACUGUCAUCUUUUCCCCAUCGAAAACACUGUUCUUCUCUAUGCCCAGCGGGUUUGAAAGCUUCAUCGAAGGGGAAAGCGUUGUAAAUCCACAUGUAACGAGAGGCUGGAUGUCAGCAAGCCAUAAUCUAUCAACUGGAGUUUCAAUUCAGCCUUUAGUAAUAUUUGAGGAGAGCUUCAAUUCUUUUGUUUUUAAAGUAAUAGCGAAUAAUGGUACUGCUAUUGAAAUCAUUUUAGAUAAAUUAGAAGAAGACGAGGAAAAUUACUCUAUAAAGUUUAGAAAGUUUAGAUAUCGUGAGAGCUCUCUAAUUAAAGAUUUUCUUUUCGAUAAAGAAAUAACUCUUUAUAUGCCUCUAGUACACAAUACUAUGUUUUUAGCCUUAAUUUCUGAUAAACUAAUAUUUGCAUCCUUAAAUCAUUCACGUUUCUAUGACGAGAUUAUGUUCGAGAAAAAUACUUAUAUUUACUCAAACCUUAUCGGUUAUAGUGCCCAAAGAUACAUAUCUAGUGGGAUGUCAAAGGAUGGUAAGUAUUUUCUCGAACAAGAUCAUGUGGAUUGCAAGAGCAUCUGCGACAUAGAGGUUUUAAGCAAGGCAGAGGGUGAAGUUACUGAUGUUUGGUUAACAAAAAAACAUACAUGGUGGAGAGGGCCCGACAUUGGACUAUUUAAUGACUGUAAAUAUAUUGACAACGGGAAAGACGUGAAGUUCAUUGACAUCAGUAAUAGACGGAUAAUAGACUCUAAUAUUGAAAGCGUUACUACUAUUUUGAAUGACAGCGUCGGAAACUACUGCUGGAUCACGAAACAAGGAGAAAUUAAAUGGAGCAAUUCAAACGACAUAUAUACCGUGCGAAGCUCGAAAAAUCAUACUUAUAACCUGACUUUAAUUACUUCUCUUCUCUUGAAAAAUGGUAACAAUUUAACGGCAUUCAUUAUUGAUAGCAAACUUCUGGUGCUAAAGGAUCAUUCAAAACUACUUUUGGAACGCAACUUUGGUGAUGAUUUUGAAACUCCCUCCUCCAUUUUCAUCCACAGCACUAAUGAACAUUGCCACAUAUUGUUGGGCGACAUAUAUGGUACGUUGUACAUACUUGAUUGUCCUCAGGGAAAGCUAAUAAGUACUUUCAAAUGUAACGCAAAAGUAACGAAAAUUGCGCCAAUUCCAAAUACUGAUGGCUUAUUGAUUUAUAGUACUGAUUCUUUCAUUAUAGUAAAACCUAGUACAGCCGAGACUUACAAACUUUUCAGAGUUGAUAUCCCACUCAAACUGAAGACCAUUACCUUUGGAAAUAGUGUCGACUAUUUAGUAAUGGUUGAUACUGACAACUGUAUCUAUAAAUUAACAUUGCAUGAAAAUAUCGAUAUUAUUUUGAGCCACGUCUCUCGAACGAACACUGAUGUUCUAAUAAAUAAAAUUGUAGAGAUGGCUUCCUCAAGCAGAUACGUUAUAUGUACCUUUGUGAGCUUAGAAGAUAACAACAAAGGUGAUAAUAAAGGUGAUAAUAAAGAUGUUAGGGAUAGUGGCAUUUGCUUGUAUAAUCUUCAUAAAAAAUACGUUGAUAAAUUCACUAUUUCAGAAGAAUAUCCUCAAGCCACAGUAAAUGAUAUGGUUACUAUUCCAUUCAGACCACAGAAAUAUUUUUCGUAUUUGGAAGAACAUCAGAUGUCUUUUGCUAAGAGAUUAGCAUAUUCUAGUUGUUUUUUAGUGAGUUUAGAUUUCGAAACAGCAGAAAAUGAAAAUUUUGAUAAUUUAUUACUAUUUACCAUUGAUGAUGACAAAGGGACAAUUGAUUUUCAAAGUGGUAUACACACAGGCUAUUCUAUAACAAGUAUUCGUAACUACUAUGACAAUCUAUUCAUUGUAACUGGUGAGUGCUUUCAAGUUUUCUGCCUUGAAUAUAUUGCCAAAGAGAAUAAAUUUAGGAUGUCAGCAGUUUCUAAUAGUCUCUUAGAAAAUGGCUUUAUUACAGAUUUUAUAAACUUACCAAUGGCACAAGAAAACACAUCAAGGAGAAAGAAACUGAGAUCUACAACUUUGCACAGAGAGAGAAUCCUUGCAGCAGAUUUGCUUAAAGGGUUAGUUGACUGUCAAUUAGAAGUAUCUAAGUGUUCUCCGAAUAAUGAUUUCGAAUUCCCUUAUAAAAUUCGAUUAGAUUCAGUGAUUGGUUCGAAGAAGCAUGCUGUUGCUCUCGAUGCAUCGAGUGAAUUCGUAAUUUCGUUGUUUUCAGUAUUUACAAAUGCUAGAUUAACAUCUUUUGCCUUAUGUCUUGGUGAAAACAAGUUGAGAUUUUAUAGUACAUGCAAUGGAGAAGACUUUUCUAUGGUGGAGUUUUAUCUGCCUUUCCCAAUAACCAGUAUAGUAUCUGUGCAAACUGGUAUAGGAGAAGGAAUAUUUCCAAAGAAAAACGUAUUUGAAGGAUCAUAUAAUGAUGUGAUGUUUCUUGUUACCACGACCAAUGGUGGUAUAUAUUCGAUCAGUGAAGCUAGCAUUGAACUUUCUAAGCAAUCUAUUGACGAAGCGAUUAUUCGAGAUCAUGGAAUGCAACUUAACCUUAUUGGAGCAAAAGAUGAAGAUGAAAGUGAUUUUGAAGAUGAGGAAGAUAAUUUACUUCUUGACAACAGGAUAUUAAACAUCAGAUGUCUAAAGGCAUCUUCAAGAUAA